AAUUUUUUUUUUCAAACACACUCUCAAAUAGAAUAACUCCAACAAUUUUAUUUAAAAAUAAACUUUCAACAUUAACAUGUAAAUUGAACAUUUUUCAUAUCAUGGGUUUACCGAAUGAAUCUGAUAGGGAAAGAGUGUCUAGGUGCAUAUUUUUCUGUCCAGACAGACUAGAUACGUUAACACAAUUAAUAACCAAGCUCCCCACCACCUUUCCAUCACUACCUAUAUAUUGACACUUGUUCUCUUCUCUAGCUAGCUUCCAUAUUGUAAGUCGCAAAAAGAGAGAACCAUCAAGUGUACGUCUUCUACAUCUCCUUGUACGUACGUUCCCAAUAGCCCGGCAAGUGUCUUCUAUACCCAUCAAUGGCAGCCCCUUCAACUGCUCCAGUUCCCUCUCACAAUAAGGCUUGGCUCUACUCUGAAUAUGGAAGCGCUGUUGAUGUUUUGAAACUGGACUCAAAUGUGGCCGUCCCACAAGUCAAGGAAGACCAAGUGCUGAUCAAGGUUGUUGCUGCAUCCCUCAAUCCUCUUGAUUCUAAGAGGUUGCGUGGCUUCUUCAAGGCCACUGACUCUCCUUUACCAACUGUUCCGGGCUAUGAUGUUGCUGGUGUGGUGGUGAAAGUGGGAAGCCAAGUGAAGAAUUUCAAGGAAGGAGAUGAAGUAUAUGGGGAUAUCACUGAGAAGGGUAUAGACCACCCAAAAAGAUUUGGCUCUUUGGCCGAGCACACUGCUGUGGAAGAGAAGUUACUGGCUCUUAAACCCAAGAAUUUAAGUUUUGCUGAAGCUGCUAGCCUUCCCCUUGCUAUUGAGACUGCCUAUGAAGGCCUUGAGCGAACAGGAUUUUCUGCUGGUAAAUCCAUCCUUGUUUUAGGAGGUGCUGGUGGGGUUGGAACCCAAGUUAUUCAGCUAGCAAAGCAUGUUUUUGGUGCAUCCAAGGUAGCAGCUACUGCAAGCACUGCAAAACUGGAGUUGUUGAAGAGUUUGGGAGCCGAUUUGGCUAUUGAUUAUACCAAGGAGAACUUUGAAGACCUUCCAGAGAAAUUUGAUGUAGUAUAUGAUACUGUUGGGCAGAGUGAUAGGGCAGUGAAGGCAGUGAAAGAAGGAGGGCAAGCUGUGACAAUAGUAAGUCCUGUAACUCCACCAGCAUUCAGAUUUGGGGUCACUUCUAAUGCCUCCAUCUUAGAGAAACUGAAACCUUACUUAGAGAGUGGGAAGGUGAAGCCGGUGAUCGACCCCAAAGGCCCAUUCCCAUUUUCUAAGACUGUUGAAGCAUUUUCCUAUCUUGACACUAACAGAGCUACUGGGAAAGUGGUCGUGUAUCCGAUCCCGUGACCGUGAGGGCAAAAAAAUUGAUUUCAGAAAUAUAUAUAUGUAUAUCCUUGUCUAUGGAUCAGGGCUUGUAAUAAAGAGGUUUGGCUUGUAUCCCAAGUUCCCAACUGUACGUAGUUUCUGUUAUCCUGGUUGCUUGUUUUGUUUUGGAUUUUGUUAAGAGAAAAGGAACACGAAGAAUGUAAAUCUCACAUAUGAUGUUUGUCACAUUGGAUUGUGUAUAUUUCAAUCUAAAAUAGCUAAUCAAAACUCA